UUCCUCGCCACCACCCAACGAUCGCCAAGUAUAACUGACAGGGGAGAGACCUUAACAUGCUGCUGUGUGUUUCUCUGCACAGCAGAGAAAUACACAGCAGCAUGUCUCCCUAGUAAAACACACACAGUACACUUAGUAAAACAGCACACAGUUAACCCUUUGAUUGCCCCAGAAGUUAACCCCUUCCUGCCCAGUGUCAUUAGUACAGUGUCAGUGCUUUUUAUUAGCACUGAUCACUGUAUUAGUGUCAUUGGGGAUGCCAGUGAGAGUUAGUCAGCCCCCCCCCCCCAGUGUCAGAAUGCCUGCCGCAGUCCUGCUAUAA